AUACUUAGGUAGAUACAAGUAUAACCUAGAGUUUACCUUAAUCGAGGUUACAAUCGAUAGCAGGUGCAAAUAAGGAGGGGCUCGCAUGAGUUUAUCAAGUGUAUCCCUGUUCCACCCAGCUAUGUAGGUAGCCAAUAGAUGAACAGGUACCCGAGUAUCAAAAUGCGGGACAUAUCAAGAAAUUAAGCCUGUACCACUCAUUCAUUCACUCAUGAGAUUCCACUAUGCCAACAUAGCAUAGCAUUAUUAGCACAGCUUCACCCGGUAAACAAACCCCCCCUUUUUUUCUCGCUUUUUUCUUCUUUCUCUCCCUUCAUUCGUUCUUCCUCCCUACAACCAGACAUAUCAAAUAAAUACCGACUAUAAACAAGCAAGCAAGCAAGCAAGAAAAUAUAGACAAGACAAGACAAGACAAGCUAGUCAUUCAAAAUGUCCACCAUCGACAACCUCAAAGACCGCACCACCCCCGUCUUCUCCCCCGACGACGUCACCGUCAUAUUCGUCCUCGGCGGCCCCGGCGCCGGCAAGGGCACCCAAUGCGAGCGCCUCGUCGCCCGGUACGGCUUCGCCCACCUCUCCGCCGGCGACCUGCUCCGCGCCGAGCAGAACCGCCCCGACAGCGAGUUCGGCGACCUGAUCCGCCACUACAUCCGGAACGGCCUGAUCGUGCCCAUGGAAGUCACAAUCGCCCUGCUCGAAGCCGCCAUGCGCCAGAUCCUCGACGGGCCCGAACCCGACGCCGCCGCCGCCGCCGCCCCCCGCCCCAACAAGGGGGGCAAGUUCCUGAUCGACGGCUUCCCGCGCAAGCUCGACCAGGCCAUCAAGUUCGAGGAGGCCGUCGUGCCCGCGCGCUUCGUGCUGUUCUACGACUGCCCCGAGCACGAGAUGGAGCGCCGGUUGCUGGAGCGCGGCAAGACCUCCGGCCGCGAGGACGACAACGCCGAGUCCAUCCGCAAGCGCUUCCGCACGUUUGUCGAGACCAGCAUGCCUGUUGUCGAUUACUUCGAGAAGCAGAACCGCGUUGUCAAAGUUGACGCUGUUCGGCAGCCCGACCAGGUCUUCGAGACUACCCAGAAGGAGCUUGAGAAGCGCCUCCAGCUCUGAGUCUGAAUCGAGCUAUGUUUAGCUAGCCAGAGCUGGUCGUAGAACGAAGCUUUAUUAGUAGGCUCGUGAGCCGUGACGGCGGGGAGGUAGAUUUUUAAACAAAGGAAAACGGGUAGUUAUUCCGGAUAUAGAAUUCAGCCUUUUCUAUCCUAUUAAGGUUAUAGAGAGAGAGAGAGAGGAGAUACGACUAUGAAUGAUAGAGGACUAUCAAGAAUCAGGGGAUCUAUAGGUAAAUGUACAGACAGCCAAGAGUCUGUCUGGGCUGCAUAAUCUACGAGGGCGAGUGGCGAUUUUACUUCUAUAUGGUAGAAAGAAGCACAAGCAAGAAAUGCUUAAAUGAACGCUUGCAAAUUAAAUACGAUGCGCAACGCAU